AUGUCCGAGUUUCCAGAUAAAAACUUACCUGCAAGUCAGAACUCGCAAAAUGAAUCUUCAUCUAAUGUUUCAAGGGUGACUACGGAUAAGGAGAUUUCCCUUAAUAAUUUUGUUAAUUCUAAUCAUUCACAAACUGCUGGUAUUUCUGUCACCAAUAUUCCGCAGCAACCUUUACCUCCAACAUCAAUACCACCUCCAACUCAAACUAUCCAAAGUGCAACAUUUACAAAUGUUAAUUCUUUUAUUUCUGGAAACCUGCCUCAGUCUGUUCCCUCUAAUCAAUCAGGUCCAGGGGGCGUACUUAAUAUGACAUGUUUUGGUACUAUUAAUCCAGAAACUGAUAAGGAGUUUUCUCAACGCACUCCUUCAACAGAUUCCUCACUCCUAUUUUCACUUAAAAGAAAACGAGGAGUUGACUUUAAUUCUAAUUUUGGACAUAACGAAAAUGAGGAAUCAUCUAUUCCUCAUGCCAAGUCUUUUACUUUUAAAUCUUCGCUAAAUGUAUUAAGUUUUUCAAAUGAAACGAAUACAACCAAUACAGCGAAUACAUCGAAUUCAUCGAAUUCAUCGAAUACAAAGAAUACAACGAACACAACGAAUAAAACGAAUACAACCAAUUCAACCAAUACAUCGAAGACAACCAAUUCAACCAAUACAUCGAAUACAUCGAAUACAACCAAUAUAACCAAUGCAACGAAUACAACGAAUACAACCAAUGCAACGAAUACAACCAAUGCAACGAAUACCGCAAACACCACGGAUACAACGAAUACCACGGAUACAAAGGAUACAACGAAUACCACGGAUACACAGGAUACAACGAAUACCACGGAUACACAGGAUACAACGAACACAACGAAUACAUCGAAUGCAACGAAUACAACGAAUACAUCAAAUACAUCGAAUACAUCGAAUAAAUCGAAUACAACUAAUGCUACUAACGCAACAAAUGUACAACUUAAACCCCCUAUGGCAAAGAGCGUACCUACAGUGCCAUAUCCCCGCCGCAUCAACACCAAUUCAACCGAACUUGUUUUCCGACCUUAUUUGGAUCCACAGAGUAAAACGGAAAAUGCUAUUGUUAGUGUCGUUGGUCAUGCAGACUUUCGCAGUCAUGCUUCUGUUUAUAAUUACUCAUCCUUUUCUCUGCCACCAGAACUUCCUGAUAGCACUUCAGAUGUUGAACCAGAUGAAAAUUUGGAUAAUGAUCCUCAGGCACUAGAUGAUUACAAUGAUAAUGACACUACAACAACCACGAUUGGAUAUUUGAAUGCUGACGAAAGCAUACCAGUUGAUGAAUCUAAAUUGCCUAGAAUACAUGUGGAUAAUAUUCUUUCUGGAUCAGACCCAAUUCAAAGACCGAAUCCUAUAGAUUUGGCCUCAAUUAAAAUGGAUGAUGAUUCUAGUUUGGAAGGAAAUCUUGGUUAUGAUCCUUCAAGUCUUCCCCCACCUCCGACGCAGAAACAACUUGAUAAUCAGGUAUCACCUUCGGAAAUACUUAGACUCGAAGCUUGCCGCGUUCAUCUCAUGAAUAAAAUUGCCAAUGACCCUGUUGCAAAUGCAUAUGCCACAAUACAAUUUGAUCUUAUUGUCAAACGCGGCAUCUCUCAAAAAUCUUUUAAUACUGUCAUUAAAAAUCUCACAAAUUUGCCAAAAAAUCAGAAAAAUCGAUUUAAACGUGAAAUUAGAGGGUUUAUUGCUUUUAUGAAUGAGCUUUGUGGUCCUACCGAAGGACCAAACUAUUUUGGUACAGGUAUCCGAAGUUUUGAUGUAUGCCCAAACUUUUGUUUAGCUUUUGAUGGCCCUGAAUAUGGAGAUAUCACUUGUGAUUCUUGUGAAGGUCCAUGCCAACACAAACGCCAUCUAGACAAAUGCCCGCGAUGCAACAGCAACCGAUUAAAGAAAUUUAGUAACGAUCGAGUUCCCUUACCCGUUACUGUAAAGUACUUAUCUUUUCGAUCUUACAUUCAAAAUUGGUUUUCCAACUCUUUUUGUGCCCAAGUUUUAUCGAAUUCACUUGCCACAUCGGAUUCGGAUAUUACUGAUAUAUUCGAUGGCAUAUACACUCAAGCUGCCGGAUUUCCUACCACACCCAAUACUUUACAAUCUCUUACAGUUCGCAGACUGAUCUUUCAUUUGUGCACUGAUGAUGGUAACAUCAUUAAGAGUGGUGAAAAUUUGAAGUUGAAUAACGUGAAACUUGUAUGCCAUAAUUUCCCUAAGGCAGAUAGAGCUAAGUUUGCCUUUUCUCCUUUUUCUUUCCCUCACAAAACUGGUGAAAUUGCACAUGCUUAUUUACCGUCUUUUUUCUGGGCCAUUACAAAUGAUUUUUAUCAAGCACAGUAUGGCAUGUUUGUAUACAAUUCUUUCACCCAACAAGAAGAAAUAAUUUUCCCCAAAUUACUUUAUUUAUGUGCUGAUAAGCCAGCAUCUAAUAGUGUCCUAGGUUACACCUCGACAGCUGGCAAACACCCUUGUCCUACUUGCAAGGUUGAGCAAUAUUUCACUGGACUGCCCACUGAUGCCACUGAUGCCACUGAUGCCACUGAUGCCACAGAUGCCACUGCUACUUCUACUUCUACUGCCACAGAUACCACAGUUUCAACUAAGAGGAACGGUAAAAACAAAGGGGUUCCUACAUACUUAACUCCUCAGGAUUUAUCUAUGAGAACCAGUCAAGAUUCAAUUGAAGCUACGAGAGAUCUUCCUCUUUACACAGACAUUUCUCCAACUAAGAAAUUUCCUCGGCCUGCUAUCGUGCUAAAAAAAAAUAAAGGUGAGCAGAUAGGUAUCAACGACAAAUCCGCCUUUUUCAGCGACGAUCCUAAUCGGUCAAUCGCAGCUUUCAUGGGUCCUGAGUCUAUUGCAAUUGAUCUUAUGAAUUUUUCCUUUGUUAACAUUGCAGAUCUAAUGGGUAACUUUUUACUGCCUUUAAAAAAAAGUAAAAGAAACAGUGAAAAAAAUGAUGACCCUGUGACUUUAAAAGAUCUGAAACUCAAUGUACAUCAUAAGGAAGCACUUUUAAACGUUUUUCGGGGAAUGAACUACGUUGCUAGUAGUCAGUGGUUGAACGAAGAAAUUGAUAUUCAAGCUUUUAGAGAUGGGAGAUUUUCCGAAAUUUCAUCUGAAAAUAAAAAAGUAUUUCUCGAGUUAUUUACACUGAUAUAUUUUUCCAUUCUCCCCCAGUUUGAAAAUGAUUCAAAAAAAUUGCAUCUUCUCAAUUUACUUCUUGAGCUGACCAUCAUAAUUCGCAUGAGUUACAUGUCUAAAAUCCCACGAGAUAUUUUUGAUUUUGACAAGUCAACAAACAAUCUCAAAGGUACGCACAACUUCAGCACCUUUAUUGUCCAAUUUAUUCAAGAUUGGGAAAAAUCAUUUUAUGAAGCUACACAAUCUUUGGGAGAAAUGCCAAUUGAUAUCCACCUUUUGUCACAUAUACCUUAUUUUUUGGCUAUUAAUGGUAGUAUUCGUGAGAUGUGGGCUGGGAUUCCUGAGAGGUCUGAAGUUAUUUUCAAAAGAGAAACCGAUUCUUCACUCUAUAUGGCUGAAAAUUUGGGAGAAGGAAGACUCAGAAAAUUUGCAGCUAAAAUUCUCCAACCUCAGCAAAAAAUCUUGACACAAACUGGUUAUGUACUUCAAAAGCCAGCUCGUCACCCCAAACAGCCUUCUACUAAAAAGAAAUCUGCAGCUGAUAUUAGAACAGCGAUCCCUGCUACCUCUACAGGUACUUUAAUCACUACAACCUCAGUUGCACCUUUAAACCCUGGUUCCAACUUUCCUUCUGAUGUUCCUUAUACUUUUGAAUUUCCACUUGAUAGAAUUAUAUAUAUGAUUGCUCAUCCUAUCGGCACCAAAUUUGGUUCUGAAAGUGGGCGUAUUAAUUUCUGGGCUCAAUUCCGAAUCAUGUUCCCCAGAUUUGAUAUUCAAGGGGGAAAUAAUUUUGAAUCUACUCCUGGGUUUGAAUUUAAGCCAGAUUUCAAUCUGGCAAACUCACGGGCAUUUGAAUGGGAAAGUUAUUUUAGUGGGCAAGACGAAAGAUUUAGACUCGCUUUUGAAACUGGAUAUAAUUUUGAAUUUUUAAAGACUUUUAACAAGCUUUUAACUGAUUUCAACGCAGCUCGCCACAAAGACUUGUCAAGUUUUUUGGAAAUUAACAAAGACGCUUUUAUUCCUGGUCGUUCUGAAUUACAAAAGGUAGAAUUAGCCACAAAUGUAAAGAACGCUUUUCGAAGGAUUAUUCAAUUUGCUGAUUCCUUAAAAGACAAGGAUCUUAGUUCAUCAGCUCCGACCAGCUCAACUGAAAUUGGUACAUCUGGUUCUACUGAGCCUGUUAGCACAUUAGCUGACAAUAACCCAGCACCUAGUCAACCACCAACUGACGAUGAGCCUAAUUUUAUGGCUGAGGACAUGGACGAUGGUACAGAAAAUUCAAGAAAUAAUUCGUCUUCAACAGGCCCCAAGUUCUCUUUUAAUGUCUCGUUCCAAGAAAUUCAGAACGCAAUUGAUGGCUAUAUAGCCCUACGCAAAGAAGGCAGUAAAGUGUAUUCUUUGCAUUUGUUUCGGCAGUGCCAGCCCUUAUCAAAUCCUAAGAAGAAGAUCGAAUAUGGUGAAAUAAUUCGGGUUAAAAGAUCUUCUAUAAAAUCAUCAUCAUCAUCAUCAUCAUCAUAUAAACUUGCCAUUUAUAUGAAAAGCUUUGCAUUUGUGAAGGUGAAAUUUUCUGAUGGCAAAGAAGAGGGAUUUGUUUUUGGAAAGUUUUUGGAUCUAGACAAAAGCCAAAAAUUAGAGCUUGACUCUGAUCUGAAGCUUCACGACAAACAAAAAGGCAAGCUUAUUCUUGGAUAUCGCAGCACGAGAUUUCAACUAGUUGAUUACUUUAGUGUGAUUCCUCUUGAACAGAUCGGCAAUGUUUGUUUUCUAAUCUGUCCUCCUUAUUGUAAAGGUCCAAACGACACCUUUUUUCUCAUGGAGUACUUGUUUGAUCCUAAUAUUUUUGCUAGAAUUGAACGCGAAAAUGAUGAGCCAAUUGAUUUGGCACUUUAUGAAGAUGAAGAUGAAAUUGGCGGCGAAUUUCAAAAUGUGAUUAAUCAAAAUAAUAUGAGGCUGACUCCUGAAGUAAUUGCAGAUCUUUCGAAAGAGACUCUUCAUGGAAUGAGGUAUGCUACAGAAGAAUUAAAUAGAGACUAUAUGGAGUAUUUGGUAGGAGGAACUAGUCAUAAGGGUAUCAUACAGUUGGCUAAGGAAGAAAUGAUUGCGACUGCAAAAAGUCUUCAAGAUUGGAAAAACAAACGAAAACAACUGUUUUCGAAUCUGCAUCCAGGCACUUAA